CAACAAAAUAUUUUUAGUGCAUGUUAUAAAAUUGGGGAUUCCUAUCUUAGUCAGAGAUGACCUAAUAUUUAGAUGUGCUCUUUUGUUAUAUUUUACAACAUAUCAUGUGUCAAUACUGAAAACUACUUCAGUUUCUUAGUACUUGACGAUAAAGUGAACUAAUUUUAUGUGACAGUCCAGUGGAACAAAAGACAUUUAAUUUGAACCCUGAACUGAAGUAGGCCUAAAGAUGGGGUUGCUGUUUUCACGUUUAUGGAGUUUAUUCACCAAUGAAGAGCACAAGGUGAUCAUAGUUGGGCUUGACAAUGCAGGGAAAACUACUAUACUCUACCAGUUUUUGAUGAACGAGGUAGUGCACACGUCGCCCACGAUAGGCAGCAAUGUGGAGGAGGUGGUGUGGAAGAAUAUACACUUCCUCAUGUGGGAUAUUGGGGGACAGGAGUCCCUCAGGGCUUCCUGGAACACUUACUACACAAAUACUCAGUUUAUCAUACUAGUCAUUGACAGUACGGACCGUGAACGUUUGUCCAUCACCAAAGAGGAGCUUUACAAGAUGAUGGCCAAUGAGGACCUUAGGAAGGCUGCGGUGCUCAUACUGGCCAACAAGCAGGACAUCAAGGGCUCCAUGUCGGCAGCAGAGAUCAGUCAACACCUCAACCUCACCUCGGUCAAGGACCACCCCUGGCACAUACAGGCCUGCUGUGCACUCACCGGCGAAGGUUUAUAUCAGGGACUCGAAUGGAUUACCAAUAACUUGAAGAGACGAUGAUUUGAGGAAAUUAGUAUUAUAAUUGACUUACAGUAGUGGUUGUCGUACAUGUUGGAUGUGAAAUCUUGUGCAUCCAGAUUUUGUUGAGCCUGUGGCACAGACUCAGGAAUUUUUCAUCACUGUGGCAGCAAAGGUCAGCUGAUGGGACUCGGUGAAAAGGCAAGCAUAAACAAGUUGCUGUUGGAAAGUUAAUUUAGUUGCAUGCUGCCUUUGAAUCAAGGCUGCAUUACACUCUUUGAGGUACCAAAACGAAAAUCAUUGUGAUUUUCUUUUUUUAUAAGAAUUGAAAUGUCAGCUAUGUUUUGAUUGAUGGCUAUUUAUAGUAAAAGUGUCAUGAAAGAUGCAUGGCCUUGUAGAUGAAGAAUGGAUCUGUACCAAUGAGAUAUUUUAAUAAAAUAUUUUAUUUACCAGUAUAUGAAAAAAUUGAGACCAGAGUUAUACUAAGUUUUGCUUUUCAAACCUUUAAGUUCUGAAGUAGUCUAAAUAAAGCCAUUUGAAGAAUAUUUUAUUUUUUGUUUUUAUUGACAGAUUAAAUAUAAUUAAAAUAGGAUUUCUUGAAAAUGUUUAUUUAUUAAAGUGGAAAGUGUUGUUUAAAUGAUGUUUAAACAGGGUGUUACAUUUUUAGCUCUAAAUACCAAAUAGUGGAAUGUCUGUUGGAUGAAGCAAUACAAAUGUAUUUUAAAUUGUAUUGUAGUAUUUUUAUGUUGAAGUUGUAAGUCUCAUUGUCAUUAAAAUCACACCAAUAAUACAUGUUACACAAUUCUUGUGUCUGGAAGGUCCUGCAGUUAUUGGGGGCUUUUUUAGUUUAAGCAGUAUUGUUUUGUGUAAAAAUGUAUUGUUUUGAAGUCUUAAGUAAAGUAUAUGGUAAAGCAAUAACAUAGUGUUGUGAAGACUUAUUUUCCUAUCAAAUUUAAAUCUAAGUUGACUAUAUGCUUAAAAAUAUUCAUAUUUAUUUAGAUACACAUGCGUACAUGUGGUAGGCAUUUUCUAGAAGGGACACAACUCAAAAUUGUAUUGUUAUGAAGUACAAGAGUUACCCCCCAUUGUUGUUACAUUUUAUUGAUGAAAAUAUAUAUUAAUAUUUUCCAUGAUAUAAUGUAAUUUUAUAUGUCAUUCUAUGUCUUCGCCAAUGGUGCUUUACUUUUCCAUUUACAACAUGAAAUGAAAUACAUAAUGUGUGAUUAAUGCAUAUUCAAUUAAUGUGGUUGCUAGUUACAGACAAAAGUAAAUUAAAUGACUAGUC